CGUUUUAUCAAACUUCGCAUGUAUUUUGAAACUUUUUGAAGUUAUAAACAUUCCGGUAUGUGUGGGUGGAAUUCAAAGAUUCCAAUUGCAAAUACUUAAUUUCUCAUUUUCAGACAAACUCAGUUGCCUUGUUUACAAUCUUUGAUUUCAUAGUAUGUGUGCCGCACCUGUUCCUAUUGGAAUCCUAAUCAGUUAGAUGAUUCACUAAUUUUCAAAUCUCUAGUCAAGUAAUGUUUACCCUAUCUUUCCGGUGAAACAUGAUAAAAUUUCAUGUACGAACGUGUCUAAAAGUAGUGCCACCAAAUGCAUCGAAAACGAUACUUUCCGGCGGACUUGGAAUCCUAUCCUCUGCACUAUGCUGCACUGCGAGGUGACAUCAAACGCAUCGGUGAGUUGAUUUCCACCGGACAAAACUGUUUCCGGGCCAUUCAAGAUGGGGAGACGCCUUUGCACAUUGCCAUCGCCGAAAGACAAACAGAAGCGGCCCGUUUGCUGUUUCAGGAAUUCCGGCGACAGUUUCAAUUCGUGGAAGAACGGUGCGGAUUUGAGAUUCCAGAUAACUUUUGGAAGGAAGAAUGUGCUUUGAUUGCCAUAGGCGACGAUCAGAUACGACAUGUGAAACAAUUGGAAGGAAGAUCUGUUCCAACAGAAAAUCUGUCAGAACAGUUGCUUAUUGUAACCAAAAGUUCCAUUGGAGACGAAUUGACGGUAUUAGAGAAAGGAAAAAUACAUCUUGGAAAACUUUUGGAAUUGGCCGAAAUCCUGCUUCCAAAUGGAAUGGUUUCGUGGAACAGCACAGGGCCUACUGGAAAUUGUGAGACGUUACUCAUGCUGGCAGCCUAUCACGGAAAUAUCGAACUAUUGGAACAAUUGAUAGAGCAAGGAGCAGACCUAAGCUUGGCAGGGCCAGGGAAGAGAACGCCUUUUCAUGCAGCUUGCGAUGCUUCUCAGCAAAGAGUAAUCGAACUACUUUUGUCGAAAUAUCUGGAUCAAUUCGAUCCUACGGCUGUGGAUGAGAACGCUCAGCAUGGUUUGCAUUAUAUUUUGCAUCGAAAAAACAGAGACAGCUUCGAAAUGGUUGCGGAAAAAAUGGUAGAAUUUAGAGUUCGGAAAUUCGGAGAGACUGCUUCUAUUGCUUUCAAUGAAAUAUUCAAGCUUGAGAAUGAAGAUUGGCCAUAUUGUAGCAUCUGGAUUCAAUUGGAUGCUGUGUUCUGGGACAAAUCGAUAGAAACUGUAUUGGAUCAAUAUCAGUACGAUCUCAGAUAUCAGUGGAAGGAUGUAACAGUUCUGAUUGAUAUGAUAAGCUACAAGAAGGCCAAGCGAUUCUAUACACAAGCGAUUAGAAAGAACGUAGAACUACUGAAUGUAAGAACAUCGAAUGGAUUCACAGCGUUACAUGCAUUGAUUUGUGCAAAUGAAAGAAAACUGGUGAAAGAGCUGUAUAGUAUUCAUCCAGAAGUUAAAACUCUUUUUGAGGGUGAAUGUGCAUUUUCAACUCUGAAAACUAUUAUGGACAAAGGACUUAUUGAAAUGAUGAAGUUCGUUUUGAGCAACCAUUCCCAGUUCUUUCAAGAGCAUAUUAGUAAAAUAGAAGAGCAAGUAAUCCAGGAAUGUAAUUCGGCAAAUUAUGAUGAUGCAUUUGCAAUACUAUUAAAAUUUCUGCCGAUCUUGAGUGCAAGUAUUUCCGAAAAGCAACAGCAGUUGUACAAGUUUUCAAUGGCAGCAAAACAUGAGUUCAGCGAUACCUAUGAUCAACUGUUACGUGACUUCAAUGCAACUCAUGACCGUAUCAAGGCUUCUGGUAGAACAUUAGACAACUUCGGCAAAGCUGUUGACAGUUCGUUCCUCAACCAGGCAAUUCAGGAUAAUCAAACUGAACUAGUCGAACAACUCAUCGAUUCCGGAGUAAAUUUGGACCAACUCGAUAGCGAUGGGCGCCAUGCGAUUCAUCAUGUGAGAUGCCUGGAAAUGCUUGAUCUACUCGUUGAGAAACACCCAAAAGGUUCGUCAUUGGUCAACUUCAAGAAUCGGUAUGGCUUGACGUUGCUUCACACUCUCUGUCUAAGCAACGCAGACUGCAAACAAGAACUGAUCAUUGCUUUGUUGAAGUAUGGAGCCAAUUUGAACGAGAGGACGAAUGACCAGUCAACUGUUCUUCACUACACCAACGAUGAAGAUUUGUUCAAUUUUUUCACUAAAACCAUAGAAUCGUACGGAUUUCCUGCCGUUGACUUAGAACUUCGAGACAUUGAUGGAAAUACAGCUCUUCACAAUCAUCUGCGUUGCUCCAAAGUUACCAUAAGUUCAAUCAUGCUACGAGCGUCCAAAAGUUUUGUUAACUUCAACAAUAACGGCCAUUCAUAUUUGUCGUACAUGGUGCAAUUUGAGCGACAAAGUUUCAACACCUGGCUACAACCGAUCUUGGACACGUAUCCGGAUAAAACGAGGGAAAUGUUCGAAGCAGAGGUCAAGCGGUCACGGAAUCGUGCGUCGGAACUAUUUGUCAAAGCGUGUGCUCAAAUGAAUACGUAUUUAAUUGAACAUUUCUUGCGAAUGGAUUUGGACUUCAACUUUCGAGAUGGAAAUGGAAGAGUAGCUUUACUUGAAUUAGUGGAAGGUGACGAAUUUCCUUGCUCAAAUAUAGUGUUCCAGCUGUUGGAAAAAAGAAUUGACGUUAACGUGCGGAAUAAACAUGGGCAAAAUGCAUUAAUGAUUGUGACGAACCAUAUCGAUAAGCUGGAGGAACCAGGAUUUCUGACAAAACUUGCUACGAAAUUAAUUGAAUGUGGGCUGACUUUUGAGCACGUGGACGAUAAAGGAGACUCAUUGAUGCAUUACGCAUUUAGAAUAGCGGAUUUUAAACUAUUACGAAUUCUUCUACAAAAUGGUGCAAUCAUUUCUAUUUACAAUAAAGACGGCAGUAGACUGUAUGAAGUUGCAGCACCGUGUAUUUCAUAUAUCUUCAAAGGUUUACAAAUAAAUGAUGCUACGGACAUGUAAUAACAAUAUUAGUUUUAUUCUGGUCAUAUGUAAGGUUUGAUAAAUAAUAUAAAUGAAAAAGCUAAUCAUAAUAUACUCUGUGCAAAAGUUUGGGAUUACCACCUAAAAACCAUACAAGAUUUAAAAUUUUGG